GAAUUAUAGCUGGCCUGGUCUACUACUUUUAUGAUACUGGAAUAUAUGGUGAUAUGAGUAAAAGAAUGGGUGAAAAACCAACAGUUACAACUUAUUCAAGUACAUCAGUGCAACCUAUAACAACUACAACAACGACACCAACAGCAGCAACAAGAGAAACAACAACAACGUCAAUGAAAACAAUUGUAGUUACAACAAUUGCUGAAAAUACGCCUACGACAGGAACUGUUCUAUAUACCAGUAGCAUGCUAGAGGGUUCUAUGACCAUUAAGGAUGGACCAUAUGCGACAUACUUGCCAGAACUGAGUGUUUUAGACUCUAAACGGACUAUGGAAAUCAAACGUU